UAUUUGCGUUUCUCCUUAUACGUUUGCGCCUCAGUGCGGUUUUAUUUCAUAUAUAAAGCCAGACAUAGAAAUGACCAUCUCAUUGCCAAGUCAUCUUCAAUUCUCCUUCAUCUGUGCAUGCAAGAUCUCCCUUAAUUUGUUCAUCACCAUGGCUUAUCUCCACAUCAUCUCCAUGAUACUACCACUCUUCCUGCACAUCCUUGCGGCAAGUUCUACCACAACGGAUACCAUCUCAGCGGGCCAAACACUCUCCAUUAGCGACAAGCUUGUCUCCAAAAAUGGCAGGUACGCGCUUGGCUUCUUCGAGGUGGGCAACAACUCAUCCCAAAACACUAGCAACUGGUACCUUGGCAUAUGGUUCAAUAGUGUCCCCAAACUUACUCAAGCAUGGGUAGCAAAUAGGGAUGACCCCUUCAAGAGCCCCCCCUCAUCACUGGAGCUAAAAAUCUCCCAUGAUGGCAACCUUGUCGUCUUAAACCAGCCAACCAACUCUGUUAUUUGGUCUACCCAAGUUAAGAUGACAAGAAACAGUACCAUUGCCAUGCUCUUGGAUAGCGGAAAUUUUAUCCUCAGAAAUGUCUCAAACUCGUCGCACACUUUGUGGCAGAGUUUUGACCACCCAACAGACACAUUUUUACCUGGAAUGAAGCUUGGAUGGGACAACAUCACUGGUCUGAAUCGCCGUAUUUUUUCUAGAAAAAACUCAAUUAGCCCAGCUACUGGUGUGUACUGUGAGGAGCUAGACCCUAGUGGUAUUGACCAGAUUGUCCUAGUAAAAUGGAAUUCCAAUGCACAAUAUUGGUCUACUAGGGUGUGGGAUGGCCAUCAUUUUGCCUCACUACCAGAUGAGGCAAGGAACGGUGGCAAUGAGUCACUAGUGACGAAUGCCCAUGAGAAGUACUACACAUACACAAUACUAGAAGAAACGGCAACUGUUUAUUAUAACUUGGAUGUCUCUGGUCAAGUAAAGAUAUUUGUUUGGCCUGAAGGCUCACAGGAUUGGAUACCAGCCUACUCACAACCUAGAGCUCAAUGCGAUGUGUAUGCAGUCUGUGGGCCUUUUGCAAUUUGCAAUGAUGAUGCCCUUCCUUCUUGCACUUGUACGAAGGGGUUCUCCGUAAGAUCUCCUGAUGAUUGGGAGCUAGAUGAUCGAACAGGAGGAUGCAUCAGGAAUACUCCACUAGAUUGUAUUACGAAGGGAAGCUCAACAAGAUCCACAGACAAGUUCUUACCUUUGCCAUGUGUUAGUUUGGCUCAAAGUGUGCGCAGAAUAGAAGAUGCUCAAAGCAUAGGUGUCUGUGCUCAAGUCUGCCUAGAUAAUUGCUCUUGCGCUGCAUAUUCCUUGAGCAAUGGUACAUGCUCUAUUUGGCAUGGAGAGCUGCUGAACAUAAGGCAAAUACAGUGUAGUAGCGCUGCAAAUUCAAAUGGAGAGACUCUUUACCUUCGCCUUGCUGCUAAGGAUAUUCAAGGUUUAGAGAAAAACAAAAGAGUGUUUAUUAUUGCGGUUGCCACUAGCACAAGUGUCGCUGCUUUAGGUCUCUUUGCAUUCGCCAUGCUAAUAAUGAUUUGCAGAAACAAAAGAAAGAAUUCCGGUCAUAUAGCAAAUACUGCUCAAGAUUGCAACGGAAUUAUCGCAUUCCCAUACGAUGCUUUGGAACAUGGAACUAAAAAUUUCUCAGAGAAGCUAGGGGAAGGUGGGUUCGGUUCCGUAUUCAAGGGGUUUCUGAAUAAUUCAACUGCCAUAGCUGUGAAGAAGCUUGAUCAUCAUGCUCAUCAUGGAGAGAAGCAAUUUAGAGCUGAAGUCAGCUCGAUUGGAAUCAUCCAGCAUAUCAAUUUAGUCAAAUUAAUUGGUUUUUGUUGUGAAGGUGCUAGAAGGUUACUUGUUUAUGAGUACAUGCCAAAUGGCUCUCUUGCUACCCAUCUUUUCCAGAGCCAUGCUACAGUACUAACAUGGAGUACUAGGUAUCAAAUAGCUUUGGGAGUUGCUAGAGGAUUGGCCUACUUGCAUGAGAAAUGUCUAGAGUGCAUCAUACACUGUGACAUCAAGCCAGAAAACAUUCUUCUUAGUGAUUCAUAUGUUCCGAAAAUUGCAGAUUUUGGGAUGGCCAAGUUUUUGGGAAGAGAUUUUAGUCGAGUCAUAACUACUAUGAGAGGAACUAUAGGAUACCUUGCACCUGAGUGGAUCAGUGGAGUGGCUAUUACACCAAAAGUAGAUGUUUAUGCCUAUGGGAUGGUAUUAUUGGAAAUUGUAUCUGGAAAGAGGAACUCAUGUGUCUCAUGUUCUUGUAGUAGCAAGCAUGAUGUCUAUUACCCCGUACAUGUUGCGCGGGAGAUUAUCGGUGGAGAUGUUAGGAGCUUGCUGGAUAACAGAUUGUGCGGCGAAGUGAAUUUAAAAGAAGCUGAAAUAGCCUGCAAGGUUGCAUGUUGGUGCAUUCAAGAUGAUGAGUUUGAUCGGCCAACAAUGGGUGAGGUGGUUCAAAUCCUGGAGGGUUUACUUGAAGUCAACAUACCCCCAAUGCCAAGGCUGCUUCAAACUAUCGCUGGAAGCUCAAAUUAUUCCACUUGCUGCUAGUCCUCUUUUAGCCAAGCCAAAUAUAUCGACUACAGUAUCCAUGGAAGUACUGCUUGUGUGCUUGCCUUGUAGUUUUGAAUAAACUUGGUGCUUUAUUUUCUACCACAGAUAUGAUGCUUUCGUAAUCUGAUACUGUCCUAUCCUCUCUUGUAGAAUUAAUAUGCAUUGUCCUUCAUUUGAGUAAAAUGCAAA